CCUAGUUCCAUCCUUCUGAGCACCGUGAAAUGGAAUUCACAUUAGCAAUUUUUCUUGUUGCUUUUAUCCUGUUGGUGGCAUUGGCAUUUUACUAUGAACAUCCAAAGGCUGAAAUCCCUCGAGAAGUGGAUCAGCGCGUAAAGCUUUACUUUAUUCAUUACGUCGUGAACUUUGUAUUUGGUCUGGCAAGGAUUUUUGAGAAACUGCGAAUCUGCAAGGAGGUUUACUUCAUCAGGACCUUGUUGUAUGGAAUACCCCCAUGGAAGAAUGCUAAUCUCUUCAUCGAGGACUUGAAGUUUGCAAAGGUGUCAGUGAGGGUUUACCAUCCGAAAGCGUCAUCUGCUGGCCAAAGGAGAGGAGUCCUUUACCUUCACGGAGGAAUUGGCCAGAUUGGAAGCAUAAGCAUGUAUGAAAGAGUAUGCCGUUUUAUUGCCCGCGGAAGUGACUCAGUGGUUGUGUGUGUUGGGUAUCGUUUGGCUCCUGAGCACCCGUAUCCAACCCAGUUCUGGGACUGCCUCGCUGCCGCGGUGCACUUUAUGAGGACCGCAGAAGACUAUGGGGUGGACCCCGCCCGUAUUAUCAUCUGUGGGGACAGCAGCGGCGGCACGCUCGCGGCUGCCGUUUGCCAAGCCCUGGUGGAUAGAACAGACCUCCCAAAGGCACGAGCCCAGAUCUUGCUCUAUCCAUUUCUCCAGGCUGUGGACUUUAAUUUGCCUUCGUAUCAGCAAAACGGUUCAGUCCCCCUCUUGUUAAAGAAACGGACCCUCACGCUUGGUAUGCAGUAUCUCAAUAAGGACUUGUCACUGAUGAAAGGUAUCCUAGAAGGUUCCCAUGUGCAUGAGGAUUUGAAACUGAAGUUUAGCAAAUGGCUGAGUCCAGACAAUAUCCCCAUGGAAUUUAAGAUCAGAGGCUACAAACCACCUGCAUCUGCUUCAUAUUCAGAAGAACUUCAUACUUUGGCCAAACUAGUUUUUGAGACAACCUUUUCCCCACUAUUAGCUGAAGAUGCCAUUGUUCGCCACCUCCCAGAGACUUUCAUCUUGACCUGCGAGUACGAUGUGGUCAGGGAUGAUGGCCUGUUGUACAAGAAAAGAUUGGAGGACAAUGGCAUUCCAGUGACUUGGUACCAUGUAGAGGAUGGAUUCCAUGGAGUACUACUCCUAAUUGACAGUGGGUAUAUUUCAUUUCCAUGUGGAAAGAGAGCAAUGGACAAUGUAGUAAACUUUAUAAAAGGUUUAUAACCACCACCCAGCAAAAAAAAAACAAAAACAAAAAAACCCCUCACCCCCCUGUUCUUCAGAAAAUCCCCUCA